AUGGGGAUCACGCUCUCGUCGAUGCAACGCCGUCUUCAACAGGCACGCGAUCUGCUGUUGCAGAUUCCGUGGAGAAAGACGCCGCAGGCCACCUUGCCGAGCGACGUCAUCUUCGACAUCCUCUCCAGGGUCCCGGCCAAGUCCAUGUGCCGGUUCCGAAUCCGAUGCGUGUCCAGGGAGUGCCGUGACCGCAUCUCCGACCCCGUCUUCAUCGCCGCCGCGCAGAAGCGCCGCCCGCCCGAGCAGCUCCUCGUCGUCGGCUCCGACCGCGACAUGUCAUUGCGGCUGGUUGAUAUGGACGGCAGCGUUGUCAGGGUGAUCGAUGGCAUGAGCAGGCGUUGGGUACCGGUGUCCACGAGUCCUGACGGCUUCGUGUGCGUCACAACCGGCUUUUCCAAGGACGACAACCUCGCCGGGGUGAUCGACCUCACCACCAUGAAGAUGCCUGUCACCCACCUGAAAAGCGACAGAGCCUGGGGCUACGGUCGCGCCGUCACAUCUGGCGCUUACAAGAUGGUGCGUCUCGGAUUCCACCACUGCGAGGUCUUAACUGUAGGAGAUGAUGAAGGGUGGAGGCGGAGGAAAUGUCCCCCGUUCCGUUUCGACGGCUAA